GAAGACAAAAGAGUGAGAGAAAGAGAUAAAGUGGUUAUCUUCUCCACUCAUACACAUGUAUGAAUAAUUACAUUUAAGACUUAAGAGUAACAUUUCUACUUAGGUCACAAUAUUCAAAAUCCCAAAAGAAUGCUGCAACUUGGAAAGCUGUAGCGCUGCCUCUUUAGAACCACGCUCCAGUGAAAGCACCCAUUUCUCCAGCCUCAACUUGAGCAACACAAUGCUUACAAUAAGCUGCAUUGUCCUAACUCUGAUUCUUAGCUCAUUUUCUCCACUUGGGUCGGCAAUGCUUAACCGCACCCUUCUGGUGCCACACCCCAACCCUGAAGAAGUUGUUCAAGAAGUUCAGAGAAGAGUAAGUGCUUCCGUAUCAAGAAGGCAAACGCUACAAGUACUGUCUCAAGAAGAUCAAUCCACAUGCCUAACAGGUAACCCCAUAGAUGAUUGCUGGAAGUGUGACCCAGACUGGCCCAACAAUCGCCAGAGGCUGGCGGAUUGCGCUAUUGGGUUCGGGCAGUACGCAAUGGGUGGCAAGAACGGUGAAUAUUAUAUAGUGACUGACUCCUCGGAUGAUGAUGCUGUCAAUCCAAGGCCAGGCACUCUCAGAUAUGCUGUGAUACAACCUCAGCCCCUUUGGAUUGUGUUUCCCACUAACAUGCUCAUUAAAUUGUCCCAAGAACUCAUUUUUAAUAGCUAUAAAACCCUUGAUGGGCGUGGGGCUAAUGUUCACAUUUCGGGUGGUGGCUGCAUUACUCUGCAGUAUAUAAGCAAUGUUAUUAUUCACAACAUACACAUUCACCAUUGUGUUCAGUCAGGUAAUACUAAUGUGCGUUCAAGCCCGACCCACUUUGGGUACCGGACCAAGUCGGAUGGUGAUGGCAUUUCCAUCUUCGGCUCCAAAGACAUAUGGAUUGAUCACUGCUCACUUUCUCAUUGUAAGGACGGUCUGAUUGAUGCUGUGAUGGGGUCCACAGGGAUCACAAUAUCAAACAACUUUUUCUCCCAUCACAAUGAGGUUAUGCUGCUAGGUCACAGUGAUGAUUACUCGCCUGACUCCGGGAUGCAGGUGACCAUAGCCUUCAACCACUUUGGUGAGAAGUUGGUGCAGAGAAUGCCUAGAUGUAGAAGAGGGUAUAUUCAUGUGGUGAAUAAUGAUUUUACACAGUGGGAAAUGUACGCUAUUGGUGGUAGUGGUAACCCUACCAUUAACAGCCAAGGGAAUCGUUACACAGCUCCUUCCAAUCGCAAUGCUAAAGAGGUUACAAAGCGGGUGGACACGGCGGAAGAUGAUUGGAGAGGUUGGAAUUGGAGAUCGGAGGGAGACAUAUUGGUUAAUGGAGCAUUUUUUGUGGCCUCAGGUGCGGAACUAGAGGUGAAGUAUGAGAAGGCCUACAGUGUGGAGCCCAAGUCAGCUGUUCUCAUUGACCUCCUCACCAUGCACUCUGGCGUCCUCGGUGUUGGUGGCAGGAACAACAAUCUGGGAAUGUGGAGCACAGGGUCAAAUGGCGGCAAAGAGGGAUUAGGAUCCGGCGAAGGCGAUGACUAUUUGGAUGACUACUCCGGUAGCAGUAUUUCGUUGCCACCUCCCUCUCCAUAUGCUCUUCUUCCUAUUUUGACUGCACUGAUCUACCUGUUAUCUUUCCAGUACAUUAUAGCAGCAGCACUGACAUCCAUGUUGUAGCAGGAAAACUAAGUUGUAAUUUUUCCUUGGUUAAACUGAACUUUUAAAGGAUUUUGAAUUUUUUUAGUUUUAAA